AUUUCGUCGCCAGAUCCCCUCCCUGCCGAUUCAUCCCCAACAGCCGCUUCCACCGCCGUCGACAGCACUUUCCACAGAGCGCUCCAUCUCUGUGACGACGGUUCGCGUGUGCCAACAUGGGCGACCGACGGAACGGGUGGACGACCGUCGGCCACGGGCUCCCCCUUGGCCAGCAUCAAUAUGGGCGCGUCUGGGAGGCCGAGCAGGAGCUCCGGGAGCGCGAGACCAUUGCCUCGUGGGACAGAGAUGAGCAUUGGCCUGGCAUCGACAGGCCGCUCUUCAGCGGGCCCGACGCGAAGCGAUUCGACAACCGCCUCGUCAAGGUCGAGGACCUCGGCUUCGGCGCCUUUGGCCGCGUCGAAAAGGUCAUGCACGGCACCGUCUGCCUCGCCCGCAAGCGCAUCAUCCGCCGCCGCGGCUUCACCAUUGAGGACCUGCGCCAGGAGGGCCUCACCAUGCGCAGGCUCGACCACCGCCACGUCGUCAAGCUCGUCGCCACCUACGCGCCGCGCUCCCACGAGCUGUGUCUACUGAUAUGGCCCGCCGCCGUCUGCAACCUCAGCAGCCUCCUCGAGGACAUUGAGAUGCUGCGCCUACGGGACGGCGAUCGCGACGACAUCAUCGAGAGGCUCCGCACGCUCGAUAUCCGCGACUUGAGCGCCGUCGAGCCCCCGUCCACGAACCAGAGCUUCCAGUCAGACGACAAGUGCCCCUUUGACUUCCUGAGGACGGUCAUGGGCUGUGCUGCGCGCGCCAUGGCCCACUGCCACGCCAAUGACGUGCGCCACCUCGACAUCAAGCCGACCAACAUCCUCCUUCGGCCAGAUCGAGUAUACCUGGCCGACUUUGGCAUCUCCCGGGACGUCAGCGGCCAGGACCAGACGACAACCGACGGGCUACCAGGCACGGAGAAGUGGCGCGCACCGGAGCUGUACAGCGGCCGCGGCUCAAGCAUGCAACUCUCCGACAUGUAUUCUCUCGGCCUCGUGUACAUGAAUGUUGCCACCGUCCUGUACAAUGUGCGCUUGGGCGAGUUCGAUGAAGUCCUCAGAUACACCCCCGGCAAGAGUCGUGAAGAACAGCUCAGGAUACGCGAGGACAAGAUCUGGAACUUCCUCCAAAAGCUGAGGGCCCACGCCCUCGUCACACCGCCCUUCAUGUUCACAUACGAGGGCCAGGAGACGGUGCGGCCACGGCCUGUCGUGCAGCUCAUCGAGCAAAUGGUUGCCACGGAGCCGCGCAAGCGCCCGUCUGCCGACAAGACAGACGAGAAGCUGUCCAUGAUUGGCGGCAUCCGCCAGAUAUACCACGCCGAGUGCUGCAAGCAGCCCAUGUCGUGGGUCGAGGACAAGUGGGACAGGAAGCUCGCGGUUCUCUCUCAGCUGCGCAGCGGCAACGACGUGCUACGGACUCGUGUCAGGGAGCUCGAGGGCCGCGACGAGACGUACGAGGCGCGGCUCGAGAACGAGCGCAACCUGCACCGCCAGGACGUCGAGCGCCUCCAAGUCCUCCUCCGGGAGGCCGAGGAGAAGUGCCAGAGGCUGGAACAGGCACUGACGUCUCGACGAGGGUCGCACGGCCAUGGCGCCCGUCCCAACGCCGCCACGAGGCCGGUCAUGCCGGGAGUCAGGCGCUCUGGAGGCGCCGUCGGCCUCGGAGUGACCACGACGACGCGCUCCACGCCCACGACGCCCGCCGCCGUGAGGCCCGCCAUGCAGCCGUCGUCACAGUCAACACAGCAACUGCCGAGGAGCACGCCCCCGUGGGGAGUCCGCAGAACGUCCCUCGCGCAGGCCCCUCCGGCGAGCCCCAUGGGCACCGCCCAGUCCCCCGCGCAGCGAUCCCCCAGCGUGACCAAUCUCGCCGGCUACCAGCUCCGUUCCAGAGGAUCCGGGUCGAGGCUCCCCCUGCCCGUCACGCCCAACAGUCGCAGCGGCACGCCCGCGCUCGCCCGCGACCAGAGCAUGACGGACAGCAGCAUGGCCUCGUCCGUCUUCUCGCGCCACAGUGUCGAGACGGCGCCCACGCCCGCCAACAACAGCCCCCAGCUGCAGCGCACCACGCCGGGUCGCGAAGGCGGCGGCGGCGGCGGCAGCGGCGGCAUUCCGCCCCAGCAGCCAGAAGAGGAGGAGGAGGAGCAGUGGACUGCACUACCCGCACAGCAGCAGAGGUCCCCGUCGCCGACCGAGUCCCGCCGGCGGGCGUCCAGCGUGGCUCAGAACGCCCCCCGUCCGCCGCCGCCGCCGCGAGUGGCGACGCCAUCCCCGCCCGGUAGCCCCGUGCUGUCCAUGACGGGCGCCGCCGCCGCGUCCGUCAUGUCCUCGCCCCGCACGCUCCGCUCCGAGCUGCUCUCCGACGCGGGCAGCGACGCCAACUCGACGGCCCGCCCCGUCGCCGUGCCGUCGCUGCAGUCGUCGAGGAGCUGGGCGGAAGUGGUCUCUAGGCCGGAGAGGCGGCGCCCGCAGCCCAGCAGACGUGCCUGAGAAUGUCAGUCGGUGCAAGGAAGGAAAAAGAAAGCGGUUAUGACUUGAUGAUGUGAUGCGAUGUUCCUUUCGACUGUUUUACGUUUCGGGGCGUUGGGGGGUGGAUGAGAGUAGACAUACGUGGUCUCACCCGGCAAAAGUCACUGCUUUGAUAUACCACUGCGCUGCCAUUCUGUUUAGUUCAGGUACUGCAUAGCGGCUUGGAAAGUCGAUAUCUAUUCAUGCAUUCAAGAUUCUUGAAUAUCUUUUGUUACAAUGGGUGCCCUCUAUGUCUUCAUGUGUGUGCGUGUGUCUAUGCAGUGUGCCGCCCCUUUUUUGAUGUCAAUACUCCCCAACGCCGGCUCCCCAUGAUACCCAUACGCGGAAACAACACCCAUGCCA